AUGUCUUUAAAAGGCAUUCUUUCAGGGGGUGUUCCCAGUCAACAGUCAACAGUCAACCAUCAACAGUCAACAGUCAACAGUCAACAGUCAACCAUCAACAGUCAACAGUCAACAGUCAACAGUCAACCAUCAACAGUCAACAGUCAACACUCAACCAUCAACAGUCAACAGUCAACAGUCAACACUCAACCAUCAACAGUCAACAGUCUACACUCGGCAUCAGCUUUGAGAACAGGCAACAUGCGUUUCAUACUGAUCCUCAUCAUCUGCCUGACUGCCUUCUACAAAGGAGAAUCAGUGGACCACAGUGGUAGUGACGCCAACUGCCCCAUCAACAUCAAAGUGUUAAACGCGGUCAAUGGAACCCCGGCAGAAAACCUUCAUUUGCAAAUUUUCCGACGAAAUGCAGACCUCAGUUGGCACCAGUUUAACACCGGAGUUACAGGAAUUAAUGGAGAAGUCCAUAAUCUGAUCACUGAGGCAGAUUUCAUUCCAGGAAUGUACAAGAUCCACUUCAACACCGCUGAUUAUUGGAGGAACUUGGGAUAUACCCCUUUUCAUGAAUGCAUUAAUGUGAUUUUCCGUGUAGAUGAAUCCACUCAUCAACACUACACUCUUGCACUUCUGCUGAGUCCUUACUCCUAUUCCACCACGGGAAUGAUCAGAAACCCACAUUAG